AUGGCAACCCCGGCUCAGUCACUCGGCCGCAAGCCCAGGGUUCUCUCACUUGGCUCAGUGUCAUGGGCUGGAGAGGACUUUAUCUCCAAAUUCGAGGAUACUUGUGACCUCUACACCGUUCAGCCAACUGACCGAGACGGCACCGUGCAAGCAAUUGCUGAGGCUCGCAAGACUCGAGGACUCUUUGAUGCAGUGCUGAUUCUAAUGGGGAAUGGAGCCUACGAGAGGUUCGAUGAGGGCCUCCUGGGGCCGCUCGUCCCCGAGCUUAAGAUUAUCGGCUCGGUCAAUGCUGGCUACAGCGAGUUUGAUCUAGAGUGGCUUAACAAGAACGAGGUCUUGGUGUGCAACACGGUAGAUGCCGUGGCCGAGCCGACGGCAGACAUGACAAUCUUCCUCAUGCUGGCUGCGCUGCGCGAUACUUCUCGCUUCGAGCAGGAGAUUCGCACCGGCGGCUGGAGAGGCGGUGCCAAAGUGCCCCUUCUAGAUCCUCAUGGAAAGAAGCUGGGGAUCAUUGGCAUGGGCAAGAUUGGCAGGCAUGUUGCUCGCAAGUCCCGAGUGUUCGGCAUGGACGUCCAGUACUAUAACCGGAACCAACUAUCUCCCGAGCUAGAGCAAAGCCUCGACGCAAAGUACUGCUCGUCUGUCAAGGAGCUGGUUCAGACCUCGGACAUCAUAUCGAUCAACUGCCCACUUUCCCCAGAGACACGAGGGUUAAUCGGCGUCCAGGAGUUUACCCAUAUGAAAGACGGCGUGAUCCUGAUAAACACCGGCCGCGGCGCCGUUGUGGACGAGAAGGCCCUGAUAGACGCUCUUGAAGCUGGAAAGGUCGCUCGCUGCGGCCUGGACGUGUUUGACGGUGAACCUCGAGUAAACGAUUAUUUCCGGAAAAGCACCAGAUGCAUUGUUCAGCCGCACAUGGGUUCGUGGACAGAUGUAGCUUGGAAGAAUGCGUAUCGCGAGGCCAUGAACAACGUGACAAGUUUCUUUACCCAGGGAAAGCCGAUAUCCCCAGUUAAUUCAUCCUAG